CAAUUACUCCUACUUUCUUCUUACUAUACUAAAAACAAAAAACCCAUUUUCUUAUUUCAAAUUUCAACUUCCAAAUGGCACCAAAAGCAGAGAAAAAACCAGCAGAAAAAAAACCAGUAGAGGAAAAAAAGACACCAAAAGCAGGAAAAAAAUUACCAAAAGAAGCAGGUGCUGCUAGUACUGACAAGAAAAAAAAGAGGCACAAAAAGAGUAUUGAGACAUACAAGAUUUACAUAUUCAAAGUGCUUAAACAAGUUCACCCUGAUAUUGGCAUUUCAAGCAAGUCAAUGGGGAUAAUGAACAGUUUUAUUAAUGAUAUAUUUGAGAAGUUAGCACAAGAAUCAUCAAGAUUGGCUAGGAUUAAUAAGAAACCUACUAUUACUUCUAGGGAAAUUCAAACAGCUGUUAGGCUUGUGUUGCCUGGUGAAUUGGCUAAGCAUGCUGUUAGUGAAGGAACUAAAGCUGUUACUAAGUUUACUAGUUCUUAGAUUGUUGUAGUUUACUAGUUCUUAGGUUGUUGUUUUUGGGUUGAAAAAAAAAUGUUAGAUUUGUAAGUUUUGGUUCUUGAAUGAUGAAGUCUCUUGUGUUAUAUUAUGAAGUCUCUUGUUUUGGCCAUAACUCUGCAAACUAGUGUUGGAGAAUCUUGAAGUAAGGGAGACUACCAUUUACAUGUUUGUAAUUUAGAAAUUGAGCAAAACUUUGUAGUUUAUGGCUUCUUGUGGAAUGUAUGGCAUGAGUGGUUUUUAUUUUUGUGGGGUUGAAAAAUGUUAUAGACUGCUAAAGGAAAUGAUAUGGAAUAUGAAGUAAAUGGUUUCUCAUGUAAA